UUAGAUUCAGUAGAAUGUGUUUAAUGGCUUCAUUCUAGUAUUCAUUUGGUUGAGAUACUGAAUUACAGAGUAAAAGCUACUUUUUCAAAAUUCUGGACUGACAUUUCAGCCCCACCCACAAUCACAACUACCAGGGGUCUUCAACUUCAGUUGAUCACUGAUAGAGAGACAAAAAGAGGGAGAAAUAGACGACCGGCAGUUUUAUGACUAUGUGAUCCGAAUUUUUCUCUUUGUAAAUAUCAUUUAAGCACUAAUUGCUGGAUUUCGGUCCUCUGGCGAUUGCACGUGUAAAGAUAUUUUGGGCAAAUAACAAAGACGACGUGUUUAUUUGCCUCUUCUGGAGACAUUAAGAAUAGUUUCAUCAUACAUGCACCGAGCGAAUGGCCGUGACUGAAGCCGUGCUGCCGUCGUUUAGUUCGUUCUCAAACGUAUGCAACGCAUCUGAAAACAUGAAGGCUUGGAAGUUUGAAAACGGACUUUUGGAUCUGAGUCAAAGCAAUGGCUGUAAUGAACCUUCACAGUCCCUAACAGAACACAACAGUGAAAGUGAAGGAUGCUGGGAUAUGGAGUUCCUGCUGUCAAAUUGGGGCGGCACAUCGCCCGAACGGUCCAACACUUCUCAAAGAGCACCCGUACAUGACCAUGUUCACAGUCCUGAUCUUUACUACACUCAGGAUCUGAACGAAGAAAGAGACCAAACAAGGCGAACCAGACAUCAAGUUUCCAUUACAAGCUCUCUGGCCGAACUUCUUCCUCACGAAGCGCCUUUAAAUUCCUCACUGCCGGACCUAUUCAACGGAGGAUAUUUAGAGCAGCAGGUGAUGGGAAAAUCAUUCUCACAACCAGAAAGUUUCUCUCUUGUAAACGACACGGACAGAACAAAUGAGAGAAGCAACGUGGGAAAACUGAGAUCGUGGGAUUUUCCACACUACCCUCAGUCUGUCCCGCUGAUACCCUUCACCGACUCCAAAUAUGUCCCGACAUCGGGGAUCGCCAUGGACACGCUGGUGUUUCCUCCACAUCAUCACUAUAACUUCAUCCAAAACUACUCUCAUCCCAGACUCUACCAGCAGCAGCAGGUGAGCUACGUCCACAGCCAGCCAACCAGCCACUAUCCAGGCCCACAGUGCAUGAUGCCUGACUCCACAGGGCCACCUGUAGGUCCGGAGGGCAAGCGCAGCCGGGCGGGGGCGGUGAAGAGGAGGGUGACGGUACACAGUUGUGAAUACCCAGGCUGUCACAAGACUUACACUAAGAGCUCCCACCUCAAAGCACACCUUCGUACACACACAGGUGAAAAGCCGUAUCACUGCACGUGGGACGGCUGCGGGUGGAAGUUCGCCCGUUCCGACGAGCUGACGAGACACUUCAGAAAGCACACGGGUCAGAAGCCGUAUGAGUGUGUGCUGUGCCACCGGGCCUUCAGCCGAUCUGACCACCUGGCAUUACACAUGAAGAGACACGCGUGAGAUCAGGAAGACAUAUACAGUAGAUACACACAAAGAGAUACACAGAUAUAUACACGCUUAUCUGGUUAGUUUAUGCCCGUGAUGGCAUUUUAAUGUCUUUGAGAGGACCUGAGGUCCGGCAGAUGAGGUGCUGACAGUGUUUAUCCAUAAAAGGUCCUUAACAUACAACUGACAUGUACAUACUGUACAUUAUUGUGAAUUAUGAAAUGAAAUUCCUUUUAAUAAGAAGCUCCAAAAAUGUAGGUACCUUGGGUG